UAUUGUCUGUGGUCUGCGAAUUGGCUUUUGGCUGCAUUGGGAUUGGGUAUAAAACAGAUGAGUCGCCAGCCUUUGAUUAUCAGUCAACGGUGGACAACAUUGGCAGCAGAAACAAAUUUCAGGCAAAUCCCCUCCUCAAUAUCCGAAAAAAAAGACCAAAUAUGAACGCCUUGAACAUUUUUGUAUUUGUGGCUCUGUUCGCUGUGGCCUACUCUGCACCUAGUCCUGGAUUCUUUGGCAAACAUGAACAUCAUACAAUUCAUGUGCCCUACAAGGUUCACACAGUGCACCAUCAUCAUGUCCAGAAAGUUCAUGUGCCAGUGGUGAAACACGUUCCCGUGCCCAUUUACAAAGAGGUGCCAGUGCAUCAUGUCCACCACGAGGAGAUCCCGGUGCCAGUUCAUCAUGUGCACCAUGAGGAGAUUCCAGUUCAUCACGUCUACGAGGAUCAUCACGAUUUCCACAAGGGGUGGAGCCAUGGUCAUGGACACGGCUGGCUAUAAGCUUCCGCCCUCCUUGUCCCCUCCAUUCUGAUCUGUAAAUAUUGUACAAAAACAUAAAUAAA